AUGACGAGACCUCAAAUGAUUCGAGCCGAUACCUUGGAUCUUCAAGACCACGAUACUCCCUCGGCUCAAGAUCACACUAAGCAACCCGAACAUCCUAAACCUCUUGGGGGCGGCCGGCCUGCUCCCCAUCAAGAACUUUCCAUUCGCCAUGCUGAGCAAGACUCAAAGUCGGAGAUCUCGAGUGGUCCCGCUUUAAACGGCAAUCAUGAACACCGAGACGGUGGUGAUAUCUACGAUGAACCGGAAGAGACAGAUGAAGACAUAGGACGAAAUGGAGAAUACGAUCAUGAAGAAGAUGGCGACUUAGCUGACGGCGAAAGCGACGAUCUUCUUGACGACGAUAUGAUGGACAAGCUAUCCAGUUCUCCUUCUAUCGAUGACGAGGACAUCGAUUUUGAAUUCGUCUAUGCACUUCACAAUUUCAUCGCAACCGUUGACGGGCAAGCAAACGCUGCCAAGGGGGACACCAUGGUACUCUUGGACGAUAGCAACAGCUAUUGGUGGCUUGUACGAGUCGUCAAAGACGGAAGUAUAGGUUACCUUCCUGCUGAACACAUCGAAACACCCACGGAGCGUCUCGCUAGAUUAAACAAACACCGCAACGUCGAUCUCUCGGCGACCAUGCUAGGGGAUAAUUCCGAAAAGUCCAAAAAUCCUUUGAAGAAGGCUAUGCGACGGCGAAACGCUAAAAAUGUCAACUUUGCCCCACCGACAUACAUCGAAGCAUCCGACGUUGAAUAUUCAACGGAGGAAGAGGACGAGCACGGCGAUUUCUUCAAUGAUGAUGAAACAGUCGAAUCGGAGGAUGGCGAAGCUCAAGAACAACACGAAGACAUCAUUGUGGAGCCUCUCCGCACAAAGUCUCAGAAGGAGAAGCUCGCAGAACGGGCUGAGGGCACACAGUCGCCUGAACAUCAAGAGCCAGAGCGCACGAGCUAUGAGCCAAGGCGGUCGAGCGAGGAGUUCUUUGAUCCUGAAGGUAAGAGUGCAGAGUUCACCAAUGCUUCUGCUCUGCGAUCGUCGCAAUCUAAUGCCGACAUCCAUACAACAGAACCUACUGUUAGUAGAUCCAGAAACGGCACUGUACGCAACACAGAUUCUUUCUUCAAGGACGACACCGCCGAACCCAAGAAGAUUUCUCUUACGCCUAACCUGCUGCGUGACGAAUCGAGCAGCACAACUUUGACCAAUGACUGGAAAGAUGCUGGACGUGGAAGCUUUGAAUCGAUUGACAAAGGUAUUGUCUCGCAUGACAAGGGCAAAGACGACAAGAAGCGCAAAGACAAGAAACCCGGGAUGCUCAGUGGUUUAUUCAAGCGAAAGGAUAAGAAGAACAAAUCAAUCGACGACGAUAUCGAAGAGGUUGAGCGAUCUCUAGCUGAAUCUGCUUCCCGAGCUUCACCUCAACCCAAGACAUCUUCGGAGUCUUUGUCGCCAGAACAACGGUCUGCCAAACCACAGCGGCAGACCAGCAACAAGCUGCACAAGCAACCGCCAUCCAUCAUGUCUCCCACUUCUCGGACUGACGGACAGGCCGAUUCUGUAACAACAGAUUCAUCAAAGGAAAGAGAAAUAGUGAUCGGGAAUCAGACUGGGCAGUCCAUUCGACGAGUUACGUCGCGAGACACCGACAGCAGCCGCAACGACAGCCGAGGGGCUGUGUCUUCACCGGUUAGCCAGCAAAGUCCCUCCAAGGAAUCUUUCGCUACUCCGCUCGAGUCACAAGACCCGUUGGCUUCUUCAGUUGAUCGGCCAUCCAGCGAAGCUCAGUGGAGAGGACCAUUUGAGACAGCUGAGCGGGCUCAACCUUCCGUGACAUCCCCACCGCAAAGAUUCACUCCGAAGAUAGUGACUGGCCACAGCGAUCUGGGAUCGCAGUCUCCAGACAACUUCUCUCCAGUUGAAGAGUCUCAUAUUCCUAUUGCCGCGCCCGGGUUGACCAAGGAAGCCGUAUUGAGAGCUCGAUCUAUCUCCCCAGGCUCUCCGCCCUCAUCGCCCGAAGUCGAUGUCAACGACCUCAAGGGCAGCGAAGGUACCCAUAUCUCACUGGAUACACUGUCAGUUGACACACCGACCUGGAGUGACGCCAGUCUACGAUCAUACCUCGACGAAGAAACCGACAUUCGCGAUCUUUUCAUUAUUGUUCACGACAAAUCAAACAUCCCUCCAGCCGGCCCUGACCACCCUGUCACUGGCCGUCUCUUCAAGGAAGAGAGCAAGCGGCUCAAAGAGCUGAACAACCAACUCGACGACAUGCUCGUCAAAUGGAUGUCUCAACGCCAGAGACACUCCAGCACAACGCGCAGCGUACAGAGCCCAACCGCCUAA